ACAGUACACUAGAUGAAGUGUAAUCCGUCUUGCAAGUAAAAUCAUCGUAUUUGCAGGCAAUCCUUACAAACCCAUACGACGACGGCCUCUGAACCUCCGGCGAGUUAAGAAAAUGAGUUCCGACUCACCCGAUUCGCAGACUCGGUCCCCCGAAAACCUAACCCCACCGGACCUCGAAACCAUCACGCUCUCCACCGAUCCGUUAAGGGACCAGUUCGGCUCUCUCAACGAUCUGACCCACGAGCUCGCUUCUCUCCAGGACCUAGCCAGUCGCGGUUCAUGGAGGUCCGUCAUCGACAAGGUCGCCCGCGCCCGAUCUCUCUCUCUCCUCCAAAAGCCCCACGACCACCUCACCUACCUCUCCUACAACGUCCUCGCCCUCACCAAACUACGCCGUUUCACCGAAGCUUCUACCGAGCUCGACUCCCUCGAAGACCUCGACGGCUCUCACUACCACUACGAAUCGUACCCGAACGUUUACCCGAACCGGGUAGGGUCCAUGGUCCCUUUCUCGCUCCGGUGGCUCCACGCUUUGAUCCCGAUCAAAUUGGGCAAUCGGCAAGAUGGGUUGGACCGCUUCUACUUUCUGCUCGAUUUCGUACGGACAAAGGUGAAGGAGAAGGAGAAAGAGAAUGUUGGGUCGGAUCUGAGUGUCUCGGUGAGCGUGUGGAAGAAGAGGGAGGUUUUCGUGGUAAAUUCCAUUAUUGGGCUUCACCUAAACAGCAAGGAAUUCUCUGUAUGUUUGAGCUUGAUCAAGGAAUUGCUUAGCCGAGAUCCCGGGGACCCAAUUUUGGUUUCGAAGCUGGGUUACAUACAGAUGCAGAUUGGGGAUUUGGAAGGUGCAAAGAGCUCGUUCAAUCGGGUCGAGGGUUUAAUGGAGGUUUCGUUCGAGAAGAACGAGGGGUCUUUGAACGAGAUCCAGUUCAUGAACCUUGUGAAUAGAAACAAGGCGUUGGUUUACAUGGUGGGCAAAGACUAUGUAUCGGCGGUGAGGGAGUACGAGAAGUGCAUUGAGAGGGAUCACAGCGACGUUGUGGCUCUGAAUAACAAAGCUCUUUGCUUGAUGUAUCUGCGGGAUUUGUCGGAUUCAAUCAAGGUUUUGGAAAAUGCUCUCGAAAGGGUUCCUACAGUGGCUUUGAACGAAACCAUUGUGGUAAAUUUGUGUAGUAUGUAUGAAUUAGCUUAUGUUAAUCACUCGGAUAUUAAAAGGACGCUCAGUAACUGGAUUGCUCGGGUUGCUCCUGAUGAUUUCGAUUCUUCUUGUACUCGGAUAUGAGCUUAAGUGCUGCUAUGUUGUAUUCAAGCACUUGCUUUUUGGACUUGGAACCUAAGGUAUUAUAGAAUAGCUGCUUCUUCUACUGCGAUAUGAAUUUUAAAUUUUGCUGGCUUCUUCAGGUCUUGCUGGUUCUGAUUUCCAUUUCAAUUUGGCAAUUAUUUUCCUUUUACAUUUGUAAAGUGAUUAUUAUGCAAAAUAUAUUUAUCGUGGAAGAAAAGGCAGUUUUGUUUAAGGCGGUAGAAGAAAAUGUACCCGAAGCUCUAGUUUUGUAGACUUGAUUUUAAUGUAGCUUGUGUAGAAUGAGAGUGCCUUCCUUAACUGUAAUAACCUUGUCUGUUAUCAAUAGUACCUAAUAUGAAGUUCAAUGCAACUGCUUGAACUUCAUGGUUGAUGGAUUGUUUAAUGGUAAAAUGGUGAUCCAUCCAACAAACCAACUAUUGUUUUUCAAGGUUCCAAAUUACCACCUUUAUUCUCUAGAAAAGAUGAAAUAAGAAAAACAAACACCUGAUAUCCCCUUCUUACGAGUGCGAAUAUUCAUGCCUUGACAAGUCAAAAAACCAGGAUCGUUACUUUCCAUUCACUAAAGUUUUUUGGCACCAGAAACAAUAAUAUUUUGAUUUGUUGUUUUAUCUUUUGUGGCCCCGAUAUAAACAAAUUGUUUUAUGUUGUUGCUCUAUGACAUUAAGUGCUCUGUUUGAUGAGCAUGCCCAUUUGAACUACACACUGUCUCUCUCUCUCCCCAGUACAACUUUUGGAAGCCUUCCUUUUGAACUAGUUAUGGAUAAUCAAUGGGAAGUUUAUGUAGGAUAUAUAUUGUUGGCUUUUUUGGAUUAAUAUUGAGUGCAAGAGUGGUGUCUUCCUGCCUCCCUCCCUUCCUGGAACAACUUUCAGAAACCUUCCUUUUGAACUAGUCAUGAAUAAUCAUUAGAAAGUUUAUAUGGGAUUUAUAUUUGUUGUUAUUUGGGAUUAUUUCAUUGAGUGCAACAAUGGUGCCUCCAUGGGUUGCUGCCCUUUUAUGGAGGUGAAAUUGUUAUGCUUGGGAAUUUAGAAUAUUUAUUAUUCAACUAAAAUCCGUGGAUAUUAAGUGCAUGCCGAACUAGUGUGACAAAUUUAAAGGAGAUUGGUAUCUAGCCCUACUGGUCAUUUUAGGACUUACAAGAGGGUCUAUCGUCUCCAUUUACGUGGUGAUAUGUUUUUCUUUUAACUACCAAAAUGAACUUCUUUUAAUAAAAUAUUGUUUAACCAAAUUCUUGUUUUCAUAUGUUUUUUUUUAUUUUAUUUUUAUUUUAUUUUAUUUUUAUUUUUUUUUAUCUGUGUUGCUUUUGGAUUUUGUUUUCACUGGAAUCUUCAUUAGCGUUCAAGUCUCUACUGAAUUAAGUUCGGUUCUCCCAAGACCUACUACUGCUUACUGAACUAGUUAACAACCUAUUUCAUCAUUAUUCUCUGUUUUCUGUUUCUUUGUGCCGCUGCUUAUUUUGCAAAGUACUUCCUCUCUCACUCAUUAAACAUUUCCAAUUCCGUUUUCAAAACGGGUUUUUGGUCCAUGAUUCCAUGCGGAUCCUUUUCAAGUUGGACUUCUUUGUAGAGAGAGAUUCUUCAAAGUGCCUACCCGUUAGAUAUAUUUUAUAAGUUUUAUAUGAAUAUCUCUCUCUCUCAAAUCUUUUAUACCAAAGUGGGAUAACAAUGUUAUUGUGCUCCUGGUCUCGGAUAUGGUAAAAACCAAGAGAUGUAUUGAAGGUCACUUUUGUGACAUUCUUGCAAUCAAUUAUACCCCGAGGGAGAUUAGCAAUAGUAUAAUGCUAUAGCUAUAGGCGUAAAUUUUAUUAUUUAGCCCAUCAAUAAUACCACCAAAUUACUUAUCAAAUUUGUUUAUGAAAUGAUAUGGUGAAUAAUAUAGAUAUAUUUAUUGGUUUGUA